GCCCCCCUGUUUCAUUCUGGGGAAUUUAUCAGCGCCUACAUGUUGAGUGCGCUGCAUACUAGACCCCAGCAGGAAAGGAGAGCAGAUCACCUCCACAGACCACUCAUGCUGACAGACACACCAGCCGAAACGCCUAUUCGCUUCUGUGGACAUUAAACUCUGCAGCUCUGACAGGAUGGAUUUUUUAGACCGCGGUUACCUGGAAGCGCGGUCUCCGUAUGAUUACACCUUUAAUUUUUGGAACGACUACCUCGGCCUGUCGACGCUUGUCGCCAAAAAUAAAAUCAACAGCCCAUCCUGCAGCCCCAACUCUAUAACCGAGUCUCUUAAAGCGACCCUUGGCUUGGAGGACGAUUCCCCGGUUUGCUCCUGCGUAAUUGGGCACGGAAGGGACAGCGACGGACCUUUGGAGUGCUGCUGCGCGGCCCCGGGCUCCCCGCCGAUCUCCAUCUAUGAUCUCAAGGAGCGCAUCUCCCUUCUCAGGCCAUACGAACACCUUGCCGGCGAUUCCCCGCUGGGAGACAGAGAUUCACCCUCCUAUAGAGGAAGCUUCGCCGGCCUCGACCUGCUCUCCAUGGACAGACGGCGCAAACAGACUCAGAGGUGCAAGCCGGAGCCGAAGGUGUGCGUCUUUUGUCGGAAUAACGGCGCACCGGAGGAAGUUUACGGCACCCAUAUCUUGAAGACAGCGGACGGCAGAGUCCUGUGCCCCAUCCUCCGAGCAUACACUUGCCCCCUCUGCAGUGCCAACGGCGACAAUGCGCACACCAUCAAGUACUGCCCGCUUUCCAAAGACCAGGCGAGCCAGAGAGUGGCGAAGGGAGGCAGGGCGAUUGGCAAAAGGCUGAAAAUCUUCUAAGAAGAGGAGAUGAAGGAAGUUUUAGUUGCACUGUAAAUUACUAGUGUGUAUGGCAGUAAUUUUGCCCCAUUUCAUGCACAAGACAAGUCUGGAGAGAAAGAUUUUAAGAAAAUGAGAAUUUUAUUGACUUUUUUUGUUCGUGUCACUGCUUCAUUUGUAAUGUUUUCGUCUAUAUCUUGUAACUCUAUCGGCACAUAGUUUACACUUGGACGCAUGGCGCGCAAUAUCCACCCCCCGCAGCACUCUUAAGGACUUGGUGAUCAGAAAUGAACCAAAGUACUGUAUAGAUCGACCUGUGAAUGACCACCUUCAUGUUGUAAUCAGAAGUUGCUGUGUUUCAAGAAGCAACAGCCAGUGCCAACAGCCCUGUGCAUGUGAGAUGCCAACGUAAAUGGAUAUGCAGCACUCCUGAUAUGAGAUGAAUGUUUAGUCCCGUAGUUCAUUGGCGCAUGGAUGUAAGAAGUCUGACAGGCCAUGCAAGAUGCAAGAUAUACUUCUUUAUAUCGAGCACAUGUUUUUCCUGAGAUAAAUGUUUUCUACCAAAGGAAUACACUUUUGUAUUGAAACUUAGCUCUGUGUUGUUUAUAUGUUGGAUGUCCUAUUUUCUUCAUGUGAUUUUAUGUGGAUAGUAUUUUGCAGAUUUCAACUGAAUGUAAACCAGUGGAAGGUAGAUUUGACAUGCAGUUUGCCUAAAUAAGUAGCUCCAAGCUUUAUUGUUUCAGUUUACAGUCACAAGUUCAAAAACACAGAUGCUGAAUUGACUUUUUCUUUUCCCGUGUGGAGAUGCAUUCCUGCAAUUCUUGUAAAUAUUAAAGGGAUGAACAGUUUUAGCAAAGAAAAGCCUGACAUUCCAAAGUCUUUAUCUGUCAAUAGAAAUGUUUUAUGUACUUAUUUUUACCUUAUGUAUCAUUGGGAAAUAUAUUCACUGUAAAUGACCUCUGAAUAAACACGUAAUUUGCAUUUUCCUUCGACUACAUGAGAGUACAACUGAUUUUAAAGGGCCGUGAAUCCUUCACUUCAUGAUUUGCUGCAGAUAACAUGAGUGAACAUGUGAAUGAGUUAAGAUUAUCUCGUCACAUAUAACUCAAUAAGCACUUUCACAACUGUUUUUUCAGCUGAAAACGUCUCAACUCAUGUGAUAUAAAUAUGCCACCUAGUGUUCAAAAUAUGAAACGACAGCAUCCCCUGCCGUAAAGAUCCACACUGGACUCGUACAUAUAAGCAUUGGUUUGUUUAUAAAAGAUGAUCUGUUACAAUGACUCCAAGACAGUAGUUUUUAUGAUUUAUAAUGGAUUGGUCUCUCUUGAUUGGUCCAAGUGUAAGAAGGUGCAUUAUAAUUGGCUCAGAUUUGAAACCAUUUAGCACAUGUGAGUAACCUCAGCUAUCCGGGUCAGACAACUUGUGAAAAUCCUUCCUGGUCAACUCCAGAAUUCAAAGGCACUGAAUAUCAUCAUCAAAUUUUAGUAUGGAAGGAUGGUCCACGAAGAAAGACUGAUAUUUCAAAUAUUAUGCAUACUACAUAUCAUCAGUCACAAAUCCUACUGGGGAAAGUUUAUUCUUUAUGUGCAGAGGAAGGCAGCUGGUGGGUGUAUU